AUCGAGCACGUUACGGGAAAACGAAAGCCGGUCUUCUCGCUUCGCGAAUUGAAUUCGACCGCUUCUUCCCCAGUUUCUUCUUCUAGGACUCUCUCUCCUACAGGCUACAAAUAUGAGAAUGCUACCCAACUCUUCUCGCAACUUCUUCUACCGCGCUUUCUUUUCUUUCCUUCCCAAGUUCGUUCUGAUUUGAUUUUUUUUAUACCUUAAGAGGUAGGAAAAGCACACGCGCGGACAUUGGAAAGGGAAAAUCUAGAAUUGGAGGCAAUAUAGAUUUCUCCAUGGGUGAAGCCCCGGCCUUCAUUGUUGAUGAUCUGCCGACAGGAUUUCCAAAUGGUUUUGAUUUUAAAUCUAAGGGAUGUACAACAGCCACUAUCAUCGGCAAUAAAGAAUAUCUGAUUGGUGGUGACCAUGAUGAAUCAUCAACAGUUGGAGUUCAGAUUUUUGACCAAACUAGAGGCGAAUUGGUAAAUCCUACUGUGCUGGGAACACAACCCAAGCCAUGUAAAGACCAUUCAGCGGUGCUUUUAAAUGAAGACAGGCUAUUGAUCAUUAAGAGAGGCUCUACCCCAGAUGAUUGCAUUUGGUUUCUUGAGGUGGACACCAAAUAUGUUAGGGAACAGAGAAAAAUAUUGGGGACUGAGGUUGUUGCUUGGAGUAAGGCUGUGAGGGGCGAUGCUGAGAAGCCGGUUGUUAUUAGUGGUCCUUCUGGAGUAGGUAAGGGUACACUGAUAUCCAUGCUCAUGAAGGAAUUCCCAUCUAUGUUUGGGUUCUCUGUGAGCCACACAACCCGGGCUCCAAGGGGCAUGGAGAAGGAUGGCGUUCAUUACCACUUCACCGAACGAAGUGCUAUGGAGAGAGAGAUAAAAGAUGGCAAGUUUCUUGAGUUUGCUUCUGUUCAUGGAAAUCUCUAUGGAACUAGUGUUGAAGCUGUUGAAGUGGUAGCAGAUGCAGGAAAGAGAUGCAUUCUUGACAUCGACGUUCAAGGGGCUAGAUCUGUGAGGGCAAGUUCUCUUGAUGCUAUAUUCAUCUUUGUCUGUCCACCAUCAAUGGAGGAACUUGAGAAGCGCCUCCGUGCAAGGGGAACUGAGACAGAGGAACAGAUCCUGAAGCGACUCCGAAAUGCUCAGGCAGAGAUGGAGCAGGGGCAAUCAUCUGCAAUCUUUGAUCAUAUCUUGUAUAAUGAUAAUCUUGAAGAGUGUCACGAGAAUCUUAAGAAACUCUUGGGCCUUGAUGGAAAUGUCACUGCUUCCCCUAAAUCAUCACCCAAAGGGGUUGAGCUUCCUAUGGACCUAUCAAUAUCAAAAAUUGAUCAGAAAGUCAUCAUUAAAUGCGAGAGUCCAGAACUAGAAACAGCAUCAAAGAACUUGAUUGUGUUGGAUUUGUCCUCACUCAAAGGAGGUGCACCUGGACGGACAAGAGGUCUAGAUGUUUAUGCCAUUGACUCAUUUUCAGAUGGCUUAAGUGGAUUCAACCAGCCGACCUGACAACUACCUUCCUUGGUAUACUAACUUGUGGUAUCAUUUCAAAAAGUUCUUUUCAAUCUUUUAUUCUAUAACUUGAAUUGGAAAAAGGUGAGAAAGCUCUGAAUAUUGUUAUGUGAGACCGUCGCAUUGUUUUUUUUUUCUCCGUUUUCUCUCCCCUAUUCUUUCCUUGUUUCAAAACACUCGAACAAUCAGUAUUCCCUAGAUGGGCAAUGAGAAAUGAUUUGUGAUUUCUGCGGCAA